GUCGUACCUUUGAAGUCUGUCGUUACAUAAUUAACCGCCAGUUUUCACUUUUCGCUCAGUUCUCGUCUGACUACUUGGCUGGUUGCACCUGAACUCUGUUCUUUGGAUUUGACUUGUAGUCAACUAAGAUCUAUUUGAACUCUGGUCUUUCACCUGAACUCGUUUCUUUCACCUGAACUUGUUUCUUUGGAUUGAGAGAAGAGAAAGAUGUUCCGGAGGCCCCGUGUUGUGUCCUUGGAGGCAUCUGCCUCCUCCAAGAAGCCAUGGACCCCACCUGAUCGGAGGGGCGAGAAGUGGCGUCGCGUUCCAUCCAAGCCCGUGGGCUUUCUCCACGCUGCCUCCUACGAGCAUCAGCCGCAGGUGAACAUCGCCUUUGGCUUUCCAUCCAUCCAGAGGACCGAGAAGACAGAGGAGGAAGCUGUGAGGAAGGAGCAGGUCCGGCCUGAGGAGACCGUCAGCUGUGUCAAGGAUAACUUUCAAGCGUUCAUAAGUCACGAGGAGAUGGACGGUGAGGAGAGCCUGCAGGAAAUGGUUGAGCUCGUCUUCAAGAGGGCCGUGAAGAAACCAGACUCUGCUGCAGUCUUCGCCAAUCUGUGUCAGCGCCUCUCAACAGUGGAAUUCCAAUCCUUGUCAGACUGGUCGGCCAGCGUCUCCUUCAGGUCCCUGCUGGUCAAACACUGCCAGGCAGAGUUUAAGAAGAACUUUGAAAGGGAGGACAUUUCUCGGAAGGGGGGGUCCUGCCUAGAGCCAGUCAGGGACGUGAGGGUUAUUGAUCGACUGAGGGAAGAGAAAAACAACGCCAAACCCUCCUGUCGCUCCAUACAUACCAUCCGGUUUAUUGGGGAGCUGUUCCUCUCCAAGGUUCUGGAUGACAAAGCCAUGCACUACUGCAUCAGGAGGCUGCUGCAAAAUGGAGACGGGCCGUCUCUCGAGAGCCUCUGUGAGCUCCUCCAGCUCAUCCAGCAGGACCUGGAGGUGGUCACGUCCAGGGAGGUGAUGGACUCGUACUAUAACCAGCUGAAGUUCGUCGCAGAGAAAGGGAGGAGGGCACCAAGGCUCUCCCUUUUGUUGAAGGACACGGUGAAGGCAAGGAAGUGAGCAGGCUCCACCCCCCACACACCAACCUCACUGAUGGAUGACCGAGGGCAUCUCCUCAAUCCACGCUGCUGGGAGGACUCGGCGACUUUAAACUGGUGGUGGUUUCUCAUCACUGGAAACUGUCCAGACCUUCUGCCCUGCACAGUGAGGAAAAUAAAGAUAGUUACACCAUCAAAACUACAACAAUCCUUAUUUCUAGUUAUCAUCAUCUGACACGGUUGAGGGAUCACCUUUACACUGUGACAGACAAACCCAGCUGCUGGGCUGCUCAUGUUUGAGGAGCCACAGCAUGAUGCUAUCCACCUGGCCACUUUACGCAGUGCUGCAGAGAAACAGAGUAAAACCGGCAGAGAUAAUUUUUCUAUCUGUUUGUAUCUUCAGCCACUUUGUAAGCAAGUAUAAUAAUUAUUAUCAGUGUCUGUGAAAAUGUGUCAAAUAGCAAAUGAGAGAUGAGAUAUUUUCAAAACGUUUACAUCAUGUUUCUGAUCCUCACCGGCUCAGGUGAACAGUUCCUUCAGUCAGCGGUUUGUAAAGUUUCCACCUCGUCUUCAUUGAUCCAUACUGUAAACUCAACAUUUGUCACUUUAACCCUGUACAGACUUUGGAG